UAGUUGUAAAGCAACCAAAUCGAAACUGACACAGUAACCACUUCCUUACUCUAUUCCAUUUCAUAUCCGAUCGUAUCUCUCUCUCUCUCUCUCUCUCUGUCUCCUUAAAAAUCUCUCUUAUCUCCGCUCUCACAGGCUUCAAUAUUAGCAAAUGGCUACAAUGUUUCUUCUACUUUCUCUUCUGUUCUUCUCUGUUUCUGCUAAUACUCAAAUAAAAGUAACAGAUAAUCCCGCGGACGAACUGGUGACUGUUCUUAAUAGCAAUAGGACUGCGCACAAAGAAUCAUCCCUUUAUGACAAUCCAGGUUUAGCAUGCAUUGCAUUGCAGUACAUAAAGGCCUACCAAGGGGAUUGUGGUGCUGUGGGAGGAACAGAUGCCAAGAAACCUGCAGAAUCUGAAUUCACUGAAACGUUUGCUCCUGCUUGUGGUGUCACAGUCUCAACUCUCACUCCAAUCACUGGUCGUUUACUUGGCUGCGAGUCCAAAUACGUUAAUCCAGCUGAAGCAUUCUCAGAAAUUCUCAUGAAAAAUAGCAAGAGCUUAGAGAUUUUAUAUGAUAAGAAUCACACAGAAGUGGGGGCUGCAGUUACUGGCACAGAUGGCGGGUCUCCCUAUUUUUGGUGUGUGUUGUUUAGCAAUGGAAAGCGUAACAGUAGCUUUGCUUUAGAGGAGGGUGUGGCUAAGGUAACAAGACCAGGAUGCUUCAGUGGUGCUAAUGAUGAAUGCAGUGGUGCUAGUGAUUGGUCUCGGCCGCUUGGUCUGUGGCCCUAUGUCACUGCUGGUUUGUUUGCAGUGACAUAUGUCUUUGGUUUAUAGAUUUAUCGCUCAUUUAAAUUUAAACUAUUUUCGAGUUGAUUUAUAAACCCUUUUGCUAUUAGGUGGAUUGGCCUUUGUAAUUGUUUGUUGUAAUUCAUUUGGCUGUUUGUUCUUUAAUUUUAUGUUGAGUGUAAGAUCCCGCUUUCAUUUUCUUCA